GUUCCGAAAAGCCUCGUGGCCGGCAGAGGGGCGGGGCCCUGCUGGCCCCGGCAGCGCCACGUUCAGGACACUCCGUGCCUCCACGAGGCGGUGCCGCUGUCCGUGUCCCGCUCCGCCCCGCCGCUUCCUGCCGCGGCUGUUGUGGUUCCGGGCCGGCCGCAGCAUGGAGUCGCCGGCUGCUGAAGGCGACGCUGAGAUGCUGGCGGGACCCGACCCGGAGCUGGCGGCCACCAUGGGCUUCUCGGGUUUCGGGAAGAAGGCUCGGACUUUCGAUCUUGAAGCCAUGUUUGAACAGACCAGGAGAACUGCCGUGGAAAGGAGCAGGAAGGUCUUGGAGGCUCGUAAAAAAGAGCAGGAAGACCAGGCUGAAAAAGAAUUUAAAAGUUCAUUUACCGAUCCAGCUGCUUCAAACUCAAGUGCAACAAGAGCUCAGUCCACGUUAAAGCCAAGAGACACAACUUGCAGUGAAAGUGAAGACAGUUCAGAUGAAGAGUUAACUGGUACUUCUGCGGUAGCCCAGGCUUCUGUUCAAAGUUCUGCUGGGGAUGACGAUGAUGAAGAAUUCAUUGGGCCACCACUUCCACCAGGGUUCAAGGACAGUGAUGAUGAUGAUACAGAAGAUGAAGAUAAUCUUUGCUACUGCAAUGGAAGGUCCUUUCAGUUUUCUAGUCAGUCAGCAUCCUUGGGGAAUCCUAAGAACUUGAGACCUAUCCAGAACCCUAUUAAGAAAAUUCCAGAUUCUCAUGAAAUUACACUCCAGCAUGGGACAAAAACAGUUUCUGCUUUGGGACUGGAUCCCUCUGGUGCCCGUUUGAUAACUGGUGGAUAUGACUAUGAUGUUAAAUUUUGGGAUUUUGCUGGAAUGGAUGCUUCUCUCCAAGCUUUUCGGUCACUCCAGCCUUGUGAAUGUCACCAAAUCAAAUCUUUACAGUAUAGUAGCACAGGAGAUGUCAUUCUGGUUGUCUCUGGUAACUCUCAGGCAAAAGUUCUUGACAGAGAUGGUUUCCCAGUAAUGGAGUGCAUAAAAGGAGACCAAUAUAUCGUGGAUAUGACAAACACCAAGGGCCAUACAGCAAUGCUUAAUUCAGGCUGUUGGCAUCCAAAAAUAAAGGAAGAAUUUUUGACAUGUUCUAAUGAUGGAACUGUGAGAACAUGGGAUAUUAACAAUGAGAAGAAGCACAAAAGUGUAUUUAAACCACGAUCGGCUCAAGGCAAACGAGUAAUUCCUACAACGUGCACGUACAGCAGAGAUGGUAAACUUAUUGCAGCUGGCUGUCAAGAUGGCUCCAUCCAGAUCUGGGAUAGGAAUAUGAGUGUACAUACAAAGUUCCACUGCAGGCAAGCCCAUGCUACAGGCACUGAUACUUCCUGCUUGACAUUCUCUUAUGAUGGUACUGCCCUUGCCAGCCGGGGAGGAGACGACACUUUAAAAAUAUGGGAUAUUAGACAAUUUAAAAAGCCUCUUCAUUCAGCUGAAAGACUGCCUAGCUUUUUUCCAAUGACAGAUUGCUGUUUCAGCCCAGAUGAUAAAAUACUUGUCACAGGGACUUCUGUUAAGAAAGGUGGUGGAAGUGGGAAGCUCUUCUUCUUUGAUCGGGAGACAUUUCAGAAGUUGUAUGAGAUUGAAGUUACUGAUGCGAGUGUUGUGCGUUGCCUUUGGCAUCCAAAGUUGAACCAGAUCAUGGUUGGUACGGGCAAUGGACUGGCCAAAGUGUACUAUGAUCCUGUCAAAAGCCAGAGGGGAGCAAAAUUAUGUGUGGUCAAAACAAAAAGGAAAGAGAGACAAGCUGAGACUCUUACACAGGAUUACAUUAUAACACCUCAUGCACUUCCAAUGUUCCGUGAACCACGACAGCGAAGCACCAGGAAGCAGCUGGAGAAAGAUAGGUUGGACCCAAUGAAGUCUCACAAACCAGAACCUCCAGUAGCAGGACCUGGUCGUGGUGGCCGUGUUGGAACUCAUGGAGGUACCUUGUCAUCAUACAUAGUCAAGAAUAUUGCGCUGGAUAAGACAGAUGAUAGCAAUCCUCGAGAGGCUAUUUUACGUCAUGCAAAGGAAGCGGAGGAGAAUCCAUACUGGGUUGCUCCAGCAUAUGCUAAAACACAACCAAAAACAGUUUUUGCAGAAGUGGAACCAGAAGAUGAUGAAACAGACAAGCCAGAGUGGAAAAAACGUAAAAUUUGAGUUUGGUGUAAGGAAUAACAAAGGAGCUUUUGAAAUAAACUGUAGCAUUUAUUUCUAUGUUUUGCGUAGUGGAUCAAAAUUUGAAAGCAUAAAUUACUUCAGUUCAUAAAUCUCCUGCAGUGUGAAAGGAACUGUAUUAUAAUGGAUUGUCAUCACAUCUGAAUUUUGUAAUAAAGAAUGAAGUGUAUGCUGCAAAGGAGAGCUCCUCCCAAUUUGUUAUUUAAUGCUGUGAUUUAAGUAAAAAAUAUUCCCUUUAUAAUUUUCAAUAGAACUCUAGUGACUUCCUUAUUUUGCCAAAUGCUUCUUUUUAUUGCAAACUUUACUAAUGCUGUGUCAUGACAGUGUUCAAUGAUUUUAAGUAUAUAAAUAAAAUAAUACAGUAUCUCAGCCUUCCUUUCAUUUUUUCUAGUAAGAUCUGAUGUUACCACAAAUAAACAGAACUCACAUUAAUAAAUCUUAAAUAAUCCUCUAGAAAUUUUUCUAGUGUUUAUUCCUACAUACCUUGCAUCCCUGUUAUGUAUGUGUAGUGUCCCACACUACUGCUUUAUAUGGCUUUCAUUUUUCAAAAAAUGUGGAAUAGGAAUGGACAGCCAUAUGUUAUGCUUCAAUAAAAACACUGCAAGUUUGUUGUCUA